AUGUCUGCGUUCCGGAGGAAGGUGGCUAUCACCACGCCAGACGGAUCUCAGGUUGCGCUGCCCGGCCGUGCUGCUGAGGCCGCCAACUGGCGCGACAAGAUUGCCCGCCCGCCCACUCGGCCGAGUCGGACCACGACACACCGGGCGCGCAAGACCAAGCCCCAGAAUGCGCCCAAGAAGGGGAAAGGCAAGGGCAGGGGAAAGGGCAAGACUGCUCAUGGCCCGGUCCUACACGUCCGCAACGUGACUGCCGACGUGUCCGAGGCCGAUCUGCUCUCGCUCGUCCUCUUCUGCGGCACGGUCGUCAAGUCGCUCAUCAUGCGCUCGCGCAACCAGGCCCUGCUCGAGAUGGAGAACGCGACUCAAGCAGCAGCAGUCGUGGCCCGCUACGCUGGUCAGCCUGCCAAGGUCCGCGGCCGCUCGCUCUGGUUCCAACACUCGUCACACGCACGCCUCAACGAGUCCUCCGCCGACAAGCCCAAGUUCAAGUCGGCCGCCAAGUCGCUCUCGCGUGUCCUGCUCGUCUCGGUACUCGGACUACCGCAAGACGCGUCCGCAGUAACCGCAGACGCCCUCCGCGCCGCCUUUGCGCCCUUCUCUGCCUCGCCCGAGAAAAUCGUUGUCUUUGACAACGGCGCUGUCACCAAGGCUCUUGUCCAGAUGCCGUCUGCCGACGCUGCCGCUGCUGCCGUCGACCGCAUGCAGAACACGCCACUCGCCCCAGCCGAUCCACGCGCUCCGGGCGUCCUUGACCUGCAGUUCUCCAAGAAGCAGCAGACGUUGACGCUCAAGUUUGACACGCAGUUCUCGCAGUCCGAAACGGCGUCGUCUACACCGGGAACGAUCCUGAUUCACAACCUGACCUCGUCGCGCCACUCGCUCGACGCGCUCUUCAACCUCUUCUCGUCGUACGGCAACAUCACCAACAUCUCGCUCCUUGACGGCGGCGCGGCGCUGGUCACCUUUUCCUCGGUCAACGCCGUCGCUGCCGCCACCGCCGCCCUCGACGGGGCCACCCUCUUUGACGACGCGCUCGCAGUCACGCCCGAGCCCGAACCGUCCGCGCACACCGACGCGCUGCUGCGCGGGUGCUCGUACGCCGACUCGCCUCUCAACCGCUUCCGCUCCACACACGGCAACAACGCCAAACACCCCGAGCUCGUCGACCUCCUCACCCGCGUCGCCGGUCCACCGCUCGCUGUCAAUGUCUUCAAGUCACGGACCAAGCGGCAGGCACUCGUCGACAUGCCCUCGGUCGCCGCUGCCAUCGAUGCCCUCGCCUCUCUCCACGGCGCCCUCGUCCACGCUCCGCUGCCACCCUGA